CCGGCGUGCCACGUCUGAGCGCGCGGGCAGAGGCCGGGCCGGGAGCGCCGCGGGGCCGGGGCCGCUGCCGCCAUGGUGUCGGUCAUUAACACCGUGGACACGUCCCACGAGGACAUGAUCCACGAUGCACAGAUGGAUUACUACGGCACCCGCCUGGCCACCUGCUCCUCCGACCGCUCCGUGAAGAUCUUCGAUGUCCGCAACGGGGGGCAGAUCCUCAUUGCCGACCUCAGGGGGCACGAAGGUCCCGUGUGGCAGGUCGCCUGGGCUCAUCCUAUGUAUGGGAAUAUCUUGGCUUCCUGUUCCUAUGACAGGAAGGUUAUUAUCUGGAAGGAAGAAAAUGGCACUUGGGAAAAGACCUACGAGUACACGGGACAUGAUUCUUCAGUGAAUUCUGUCUGCUGGGCACCCCACGACUAUGGACUGAUCCUGGCCUGUGGCAGCUCUGACGGGGCCAUUUCCUUGUUGAGCUACACGGGUGAUGGGCAGUGGGAAGUCAAAAAGAUCAGCAACGCACACACGAUUGGAUGUAAUGCAGUUAGCUGGGCUCCUGCUGUUGUACCAGGAAGCCUUAUAGAACAACCCUCUGGUCAAAAGCCAAACUACAUCAAAAGAUUUGCAUCUGGUGGCUGUGACAACCUGGUCAAGAUCUGGAAGGAAGAAGAGGGUCAGUGGAAAGAAGAGCAGAAGCUGGAGGCUCACAGUGACUGGGUACGAGACGUGGCCUGGGCUCCAUCCAUAGGGUUGCCAACCAGCACCAUUGCUAGCUGCUCACAGGAUGGCCGAGUGUUUAUCUGGACAUGUGAUGAUGCCUCUGGGAACUCCUGGUCACCAAAGCUGCUGCACAAGUUCAAUGAUGUUGUCUGGCACGUGAGCUGGUCCAUCACUGCCAACAUCCUCGCAGUGUCUGGAGGAGACAACAAAGUGACGCUGUGGAAGGAGUCGGUGGACGGGCUGUGGGCGUGUAUCAGCGACGUGAACAAGGGCCAAGGAGGGGUGUCUGCUGUGACAGAAGGGCAGCAGAACGAGCAGUGAUGCACCAUGGAAUGCUCCAGCUGCAACAAGUGAUCACUGUCCCUGAUUUGCAGUGUGUCUUUAGCUGGAUGAGAACUGAUUUUAUCUAAACUGGACAUGAACAUGGGAAACAAUUAUCCAAUUUGAUGAGCACUCUAUUAUUGGGAGGCUACAAUAUGUUGAUAAUCAGCCUUAAUUGACAUUCCCUUAAAUUUAAGAUAAACAGUAUAGCCAAGUACUGUGCCUGAUACUACUCCUUGAUACUGUAGGAAUUAUUCCCUGCUUUUCUGGUUUAGGGGUCAAAUGUGAAUGGCUGUGCUGUGGUCAGAGUUCACACACUUCAACAGAACAGGGGGAAGCUGUCAAAACAACAAGGUGUGAUACUCCUUGAUGGAGGGGACAAGUACUCUGUGCCCUCAAAGACCAGAAGUUUGUUUCAAGUGAGGAAAUGGGCUGGAGUUCUCGGGUUAGCUGGUAGUGUGCUAGCUAGCCCUGCUGGUAACAGUGACGUUGUUGUACUUGUGUCUUUCUGAAAAUAACGUGCUUGCUGAAAGUCUCUUUGCUUUCUUGAAGAUGAAAAGGAGUAGUGGAAUGCAUAUGUCUUCUGCUAUAUAAUAAUCUCAAACUGGGUUAUUUAACCAACAUCAAUAAAUCAAACCAUGGUUUGAAGAUUUAUUUUUUUUAGUCACACUUCUGUACUGUAUCUCAGUUGUUUGGAGUUUUUUUGUUGAGAAAACCGACAGAAUAAAAUCUUAUUGG